ACACACACUUCUGUAACAGUAAUGGCACCUCAACUUGUGUCAUUGUAUUGCUGCAGCUAAACAAAAAGAAAUACUAACAUUUUUUUCUUUUUCUUUGAAAUUUGAAAGUUAGUAUUUCGUCUUUCAUCAAUGGCUGUUUCUGGGUUCGAAGGAUUUGAGAAGAGGCUUGAACUAAACUUUUCCGGUGAUGAUCCGGCAAUCGGAAUAGGUUUCCGGCAGCUGGACUUUCAGUCUCUUGAGAAAGUAUUGCAUGCAGUGCAGUGCACAGUAGUUUCAGCACUUGGAAAUCAGCAUUUUGAUUCUUAUGUAUUAUCAGAAUCAAGCCUGUUUGUGUACCCGACAAAGAUCAUUAUCAAAACGUGUGGGACGACCCAAUUGUUAAAAUCCGUCCCUCCAUUACUGCAUCAUGCUGCUACAAUGGACCUUCAAAUCUGUGCGUGCAGAUACACCAGAGGAAAUUUCAUUUUCCCAGAAGAACAACCUUACCCACAUACAAGUUUUGAAGAGGAAAUUGUUUAUUUGGAGGAGAAUUUGCCUGAAAAUCUUUGCUGUAGAAAAGCUUCUGUGAUGCCUUCAAAGUUAUCUUCUCAUUCGUGGCAUGUAUUCUCAGCUUGUGAUCAAUCUCAAAUGGUGAUGCAGAAGAGCCCAUAUGAUGAUCAGCUCUAUACUGCGGAAGUUUGCAUGACUGGGUUGGAUAGGGUUCUAGCCCAGAAGUUUUUCCGACAUCCAAACGAUGGUCAGACCGCAGACUCCGCCGGUAAAGAGAUGACGGAAUCAACUGGCAUAUGUGACAUCAACCCUAAUGCACUUAUUUGUGACUUUGCAUUUGAUCCUUGUGGAUAUUCUAUGAAUGGCAUUGAUGGUGAUCAUUAUUCGACAAUCCACGUUACGCCUGAGAAUGGAUUUAGUUAUGCAAGUUUCGAGUGUGUGGCCUCUAUGUACGGCGAUAUAGUGGAAAUGUUGAACAAGGCCGUGCAAAUUUUCAGGCCGGCAACCAUGACAGUGGCAACCAAAUGCACCAGCCAUGAGGUGUGGAUGCAAGUGGCAAAGGCAAUCAAACCACUAGGAAUGAAGUUCCGAAGUUGCACAGUGGAUGACUUUCCGGGUACCGGGAGUGUUGUUUUCCAAGUGUUCACGAGUCGAAGGAAAUAAGCCGGCAGAGGUGGUGGUGGUGCAAUGUUUGGUGGUGGUAGACAUGCCAAGAGGUUUAAAAGAGCAAGAAGUGGGAGACUAGGGGGAUUGUAGAGUUUAGUUUAAAUUCUUUUUUUCCCUUUUUCUUUAGAAAUAUGGAUAUGUUGCAUGCUAAUUUCAUUACAUUGGAUGGUCAAAUAUUAUAACAUUUUGGGGGUAGAAGGUUAUGGAGAUGGUGGGGGUUCAUCAUGAUCUUGCACCCCACUUAUAUUUUGCACGCCUAAAUUUUGAGGGUGCAAUAUCUUAGUGGGGAUGAAAGUGAGCAGAUGUUGAGCUUAGAUGGACUUUACACCAUUUUGUUAGUACACAUUUUCUCCAUAUUUUUCGUCUCUAUAAUCAUAUCGUACACAUUUUUUUG